GGGAGUCAUUCUGGAGGAUCCGAGGGGUUCACUAAGGAGGGUUGGGGGUUUGCGAACACCCAUGGGCUGUGCUGUGCAGUUCGAGUGUGUUUUUGUAAGGUUCGCGGCAAACAAAUGAAGGACAGGCCAGUGCAACCAGGCCAUAUCAUUCACACCGCUUGAAGAGCAGGCGAAAGUAAAUGAUUUCGGGACCAACCACAGCCGAAGCCACCAACCAAAUGAGCUACGGUUUCAUUCCGCUGAAUUCCUUUGGCCAGCUUUUGUUGUUGCUGCAGGAAGAGCCGAGAGGAUCAUCUUUAUGGAAAACAACCAGCACAAAACGACGAGAAGGACGCAGAAAUCAUAAAGUGGUUUUGAACAAGUUAAAAAAGCGCAUAGGGAAGGAAAAAGCUCAGAACCAAUCUCAUUCAUAGCGAUCCGAGCGCACAGUGUGGCAAAAUACAUAUACUAGAGCCUCGCAAUUAUGGAUUUCAGAUAAUACCACCGUGAUAUCGCCGGGCUCCAGAAAAAGGGCAAAGCGGAGGAAGCGGAAUCAAAAGCGUAUGCAAAAGCACACUCACACACGUGUGUGUGCGUGUGUGAGUGGGUAAAUUUGAUAAAGAAUGAGAAUAGGCUGCGGAGAAAGAAAUUGCAGCAACAAUGUGAAUGGAAAUGGGAAUGGGGCACAACAAUAGCGGGGGACCUCAAAAACAGCAUAACGAACAAAAAAAAUCACAGGACCAGCAAAAAGUGAAGAGCUAAAUUGUAAAUCGAAAUUCCAAGAAGUGAGCUUUGAGCAUCGGCUCUUAUUUUAUUUUUUUCUCGGUCGUCUGUGCAUU